GCUAUCCGAAGUCCGAACCAAAUGCUUAGCGGCGGUGUCCGAAUGAGCUGCCUUCGCUUCCGGUGCACGCCCGAGACGCCUCUUUUGCGCCCUUAUGGCCUCGCCGUCCACCGACGCCGCCGCAGAUUAUUCGCUACCUCCUGCUCCGCCUCCACCAAACCGGUGGCCGGAAACAAGGAGAAGGUAAUUGUGAUAUCAGGACCCACCGGUGCCGGCAAAAGCAAGCUUGCGCUUCAGCUCGCGAAGCGACUCAAUGGAGAAAUCAUCAGCGCCGACUCAGUGCAGGUGUACAGAGGGCUUGAUAUUGGUUCUGCAAAGCCUUCACUCAGUGAAAGAAAGGAGGUGCCACACCAUCUGAUUGACAUUCUGCAUCCAUCUGAAGAUUAUUCAGUUGGAAAAUUCUUUGAGGAUGCAAGGCAAGUGACAAGAGAUGUCCUUGACAGGGGCCGCGUUCCAAUUGUUGCAGGUGGUACUGGAUUGUAUUUACGGUGGUUUGUUUAUGGGAAGCCAGACGUACCACAAGCCUCACAAGAAAUAACAUCUGAAGUGUGUACAGAGAUUGCUGAUUUACAGAAAGAUGAAAACUGGGAGGCUGCUGUUGAGUUGGUAGUUAAAGCUGGCGAUCCAGGAGUUAAGUCUUUAGCUGCAAAUGAUUGGUACCGUCUACGUCGCAGGCUUGAAAUCAUCAAGUCAAGUGGGUUAUCUCCAUCAGCUUUUAAAGUGCCAUAUAAUUCUUUCAAGGAACAGUUUGAUUCAGGAGUAACAGAUACUUCUGACAUUAGUUCUUCCACUGAUGGGCUUCAGCAGAGUAAAGAAAAGGAUUUGGACUAUGACUUCCUCUGUGUAUUUCUUACUACCCAGAGGCUAGAUCUCUACAGAUCAAUUGAUUUCCGGUGUGAAGAUAUGCUCUUAGAAAAUGAUGGACUUCUGUCUGAGGCUAGGUGGCUUCUUGAUUUGGGUCUUCUGCCAAACUCAAAUUCUGCAACUCGAGCUAUUGGUUAUCGGCAAGCUAUGGAAUACCUCCUGUACUGCAGAGAACAAGGGGGUUCUAGUUCUUCAAGGGACUUUUUUGCCUUUCUAUCUGAAUUCCAGAAAGCAUCCAGAAAUUUUGCCAAAAGGCAGCUGACAUGGUUCCGUAACGAACCACUUUAUCACUGGAUUGAUGCUUCUAGACCCAUGGGAAGUGUGCUUGACUUCAUCUACGAUUCAUAUCGCAGUCAAUCUGGGCAUUUGGAGGUUCCUAAAUCCCUUUCUGUGAAGAAAGAAAUUUCAAGUCGACGUGAAGUUGCAGAAAUGAAGGCCUAUCGCCCUAGAAACCAGCACUUCAUUGGGCGUGAUGAUUGCACCCCUGUUCUAAACUGGAUUCAGAGCAUUUAUGGGCGAGAAACUGCAUCUAUUUCUUGAAUUGCAGCCAAGGGCCUCCUUUUGAUGUCAGAGUCCAAAACAUCAAUUGUUCACUCGCUCAUGAAGUUUUGUAUUUUUCCAGGAAAAUGGAGAAGAUGGUAAUGUAGAGCAGAAAUUGGGAGAUGAGUUCAUCCGAACACCAGAAUCUCAGAUAUUCAGAUUGUGGACAAGUGGAGAUUAGAUAUUUCAUAUUUGUCUGUCAAUAUCUUAGAUAUUAGGUAGUGUAGCUUUCAAGAAAUCAAAUCCCAUUAAAAACAGAGAAAGAAGAUAACAAGAAAGUGAAGAAUCUCAUCUUAUUAUUGGAUUUCUUGCACUGAAAUGGUGCACUACUUAAAAGGACUCUAGGUUGGAAUUGGAAAUGGCUUAAUUUUUCUAAAUUUUGAAUGGGUAAUAUUAUAAUUCUUUAAAAUUUAGAAAUUUUAGCAUUUUAUAUUAGAUGUUAAUAAAUGUUUUAAAAAUGUGUACUGUAAGUAUACAUGAGAUGAGAUGUAAA